CGACCCACGACAAUCAAUAAAAAAAGGGGUAUUAGUAAUAAAAAAAAUGACAGUUGUAAGAAAUCAAAUACUCGGAAGAAGGUUACCCGGUGACACUCUCGGAACUCAAGAGAUUUGUCUUUUCGAGGGAUAGACGAGGGAAGGCACAAGGAAGAAGAAUACCUGAACAUCUGCUCUAGUUGCAAAGGACAGGAAAACACAGUUGAGAGAAUAUUCUUGGCUGACAUUGAUAUAUAUGAUAAUUGAGAGUCGAAGUAUGCAAGAAAAUCUAUUUGUGCAUUCCUGUCAUAAUUGAACUCGAUGUUUUAAGACCAUGCCUCGCUUCCGACUCUUGUCAAUGGGUACUGGAAGACGAGGAAGAUUUAAGAGGUUUCUUAAGUUAGUGGUAGCAGUAGUGACAGUUUUUCUGUUCUUGUUCUGUGUUGCAUUUCCUAUCCUUGUUCAUUACUCCCCGGGACUGCAACGGUUCUUAAUCUUCCGCCACACAUCUCUGCCUGGCCUUUCGUUCUUCUCAAGAACAGAGCAUUUCAGCAAACCAGAGGACUACAACUUGUUAGGAACUCGCAACUUUUACCUUCAAACAGAGGAUGACGUAUCAGUUGGAAUAUGGCAUAUCUUGCCAGAGUCUUUGAUGUUUUCGGCACCAGAUGGCAACUCUGAGGAAAGAACUAGAUGGUUUGAGGAAAGUUUAAAGAAGGGUAAGCCCAUAUUCAUAUACCUGCAUGGGAACCGGUUUUCAAGAGCUGCUUACUAUCGUGUGGAGCUGUACCGUCUUCUACGAAGUCAGGAUUACCACAUUAUUGCCAUGGACUACAGAGGUUUUGCUGACUCAACUGCUGUAGCUCCCAGUGAGACAGGAUUAGUCACAGACGUAAAAGCUGUGUAUAACUAUAUCAAGAAAAAGGCAGGGAAAACACCAGUAUUUUUCUACGCCCACUCCCUUGGUACUGGGGUUGCAUGUCAUGCUAUAGCAGACCUGUGUCAGGAAAUAAGGUGCCCCAACGGUCUUAUUCUUCAGAGCCCCUUCAAUAACCUCUUCAGCGAGAUCAGAGUCCAUAGCUUCGGCAAGCUGCUGACGUUCCUGCCAUACUACAACUGGAGCAUUUUGGAGCCACUCCGAAAGAGUGGUGUUGUGUUUGAUAACGAGAAGCACAUUGCCAAUAUUCCCAUACCAAUCUGGAUCCUCCAUGCUCAGGACGAUGGUGUUGUUCCUAUUACACUGGGGCUUGAGCUCUAUUCAGCAGCUAUGAGAACAAGAGCAAAGAAGGCGCCGGAAGUCAGAUUUUUUGACUUUGAAGACCAUUAUGGGUACGGACAUAACUAUAUUCACAAGUCUCAGGAUUUACCAAUGAUCCUCAGAGAAUUUGUCAAAGCCGCAAGAUAUAGCAAGUAAUCAAGAUGUGUAUAAAUAUACUGUACAGAAGAGAAAAUAGUACGUAAGGAACACAUCUGUUUUAACACAUUCCCAUUUUCUCUCUUACUCUCAUUUUCACACUCCUCCAUUGUUGUGUAAAGAGUCCAUGUUUUGUAGAUUAUUUCAGUUUGUUGAAAUACAGAGAAUCAAAUUAUUGUUAUAUUUGUUAUAUUUAUUGUUUUGUUAUUAUUGAACUAUAUUUAUUGUUCAAUACAGAGGGUUUAUGAUAGGAACAAAAUGUAGCUCUUUUGUUCUCCUUUUUAUCCAGCAAUACAGUAUAGGAUAAAAAUAUUCAAAUAUUAUUGUUAAGGAAAAAGAAAAGUACAGGUAUGUUAAAAACAUUUUUUUUUACAGUGUUUGCUUCUUUUGCGGUUCUUUUUUUCUUUUCUUUUCUUUUCUUUUCUUUUGUAUCUCGCUGUACUUAAUUUUGUCCUCUUUUCUCAUUUCUGCUUUUCUCUCCUUUCCAUGUGUCUUCUUUAUCUUCAGCUUCUUGUGUGUUCUUUCCUUCUUUUUCUUCUUCCUCCUGUCUCCUCCUUUGUCUUCCCUCUUUCCUCCGUUUUCCUCUUCCCU